AUGAAAAAGGACGUUGUUUAUUUAUUUUUAGUAUAUGAAAUUAUUGUUGUUACGGGUGAUUUUGCGAAUUCAGGAACAGAUAGUCGUGUCUGGAUCUCCCUUUAUGGACGAACUGGAAUUACUCCACGUAUUGAGCUUGUAAAUGCAUUUCCUGAGGGUAUUGACUUGUUUGUAGAGUCAAAAGACUUAUCAGUGCAUGGUGUCUUCGCGAGAGGCCGCAGUACUCGUUUUGUGGUACAAGCACCUUGUGUUGGCCCGCUAACUCUUGUCAAAAUUACUAUUUCGCCAACAGAAGCAUUGCAUCCUGACUGGUUUCUUGAACGGAUAGUUGUUACCGACACUAACCAUCCGAAAUGGACAUUCUUUUUCCAUUGUGCUUCCUGGUUCUCCGCAAACCCAGAAAAGGGUCGACUCUCAAGAACAAUUCACGGGUAUAGAGAACCAACAGCCGACAGUCAAGGUAAAAGUAAUUAA